AUGCUAAUUAUUAAUAACAAACAUUAAAUAAUUAAACUUGAUAGAACUUUAUCAAAAAAUAUUUUUGAAGCAGAUAUUAUUGCACCACAUCUUAAUUUCUCUAUCAAAACAAAAAAUAGAAUAAAUGAAAAACUGCAAAUCAAAAAUAAAGUAAGAGCUUAUCCAGAUGUUUACAAGAUAUUAAAUGAAAGGCCAAAGUCUUAAUAUUACAAAGUUUAGUAUUAAUUUUCAUUUUAGCUUAUAAGAGUCUCAAAAGGGUUUAAAAAAUCAAGUUUUUAGAAUGUGAAUUAAUCUAUUAUUUAUUUAAAUAAAACAUUUUAUUUAAUUUAGAGAUAAACAAAAAAAAUAAUUCUACCAACAACUGUUUUUAAAGUAGAAUAUAUCUGCUAAGGGACAGCUUUAUCAACUAAAGUGAGAUAAAUAAUUUUAAAAUAAGUUAAUCCAAACGCAGCUAAACCAAAGCUAGAUGAAGAAAAUAAAGCCUAAAUAAAACUAAGAAAAAAAGUUGCUCCAAAUGCAACUAUAAAAGUUAUUUAGAUUUAUGAAUUCCAUUGUUCUAUUUACCGACUCGUAAAAAUAUUUGAUUGGCAAUCCAAAUAAGUUUAAACACAAUCAAAAUUAAAGUAUGAAUAGUUUUCAAUACAAUAACAAUUAUUUCCUAUUACAGUUUAUCCUAUUUAAGUGCAAUCUCUGCAUGAAUUAUCUAAAAACAGAUAUUUUUAUGGAGGACAUAUCAGACAAUUAGUAAAAGAGGGUCCGUUACAUGUUUAGCAUGAUUAAUCACAAACAAUACAAUUAUUGCCCCUAUUUAAUUAAAAAUAUGUAGAACAUCCAGGCAUCAUAUUAUAAAGCUAUUAAACAGUUGUAUAUUAGAAUGUAUCUUAUGAAUAAUUACAGAACAUAGUACUUUAACCGAAACCCUAUUUUUUAAUAAAUAAAUCACCUACAUUCAAAUUUCUAAAGAUAAAAAAUAUACUUGAUUGA